AUGAAUGGCAGAGAAGAACUUCUGCUCCAACCUCAUCAACUCCCAGCCUGCACUGUGCCCCGUCCCCAGUGUGGGCCCUCCCUCCUCUCCGUUCUCCCUUCUCUACUGAGCCCUGCACUUUGCCGCCCUCCGUGAACCACAUCCAAGGGCCGGCUGGGCUCUCCCAGGUGCGCAGACUUCCCGCUUCUCGUGCAGCUGCUGUGCUAGACACCCCGGUCCCACUCUUUCCUGUAGCUGCCCUAGUCUGAGAAGGAGAUAAAUCUCUCCACUGACAGCCAGGCUCAACUCUUGUGCCCAGCCCAGCGUGACAGGAGAGCACUGGGAAGGUUCCAUGUACUUUCUAUUCCGCACUUAGCCUCAGUCCUGAAAUGGACCCCCAGGUAAGCAGUGGGGGAGUGCCUGGCCUAACUAACAAGCAAUCCACAGACAAAAUGUUCAGUUCUCCUGCCCAAGUGCAGGAAAUGUGUCUCAUCUGAUUCCUUGGACUAAGGUGAGUCUGAGAAAUGACCCUGUUGAUGUCACCAGAAUGUUAGCGGUGAGGACAUUCCCAGAGAUGACACCACCCAGUAUCCUACCAUCUGAUUCUAGCUUCCAUCACACUUCUGAAACUGCUGGUUCAAAGAUCACCUGCAGGGCCAGCUUCAGGGGCAUGGCACCUGUGCAGUCCUGCAUUCACAAGGGCCCUGUACUUGGUUUCACCAUCUGCUGCUGUUGCUGCCUUGCAAUUCUUAACGGUUUUGAACCAAGGAGCCCACAUUUUCAUUUUGCACUGGGCCCUGCAGUUAUGUCUGAUCUUGGUCAUUCACAGUCACUUACAAAAUCCAGUAAGGUUUUCCUUCUCAGAAGGGAAAUGACCUCCAUCUCCUUUUGUGCAAAUCUCUGUGACCCCGACUCUUCUGCCCACUUCCAUGACAUCAGUAGAACAUGGUGUAAUGAGGAGGCAUGGCUGCAAAGGAGGGUCGGGAUCAAGAGGCCCCAGGGGAGUAAGUCGUCCCCACCCUGCUUGGAUCCCAGGCAUGAGGGAGAGUGAAAGGUCCAACUUGAUUCCAGCAAACAGACAACCUGAGUCAGCUACAAUCCAGAACAGACCGUCUGCGGGAAAGCUUGGAGACGACCACGACAGACUUAGGAAACCUUGACGAACUCCUUCCAACUCCUGGAGGGGCCGUCUACCAACAGCACAGAGAACUGACUAGAAUUGAGCCACAGUGCUCCCUGCCAGGCAAGCAGGUUGGGCACCCUGUAAGGAGCCAGGAGAUGAGGUCCUCCAGAGACAGACAAGUGUUCCAAGGAAAAGGCCAAGGGAAGUUUCCUCACCACGGAAGAAGCCGAGUUCAUCAGGGUCCAGGAUCUGCCCUCUCUUGGCAUCACCCGGCCAGGCCAUGGCUCAGGUGCCAAGCAGGCCCUCUGGUGCCUACCUGGCCCACCUGGCAGCCACCCAGAUCCUACUCCACUCCAGGACUAUGCCAAUCUGUGGCCAUGCUCCCAUCAGCCGGUCACCUCCUGUCCCUGCUGCUGGUGAUAGGCACAGGGGGUGUGGUGCCCAGCCCCCGGGUAGCUCCCCAGGGCUGCUACGUGGCCGAGGAAGCAGGGGAGCGGACAUUCCGCUGCAGCCAGGCAGGCCUGAGCACCGUGCCCACUGGCAUCCCCAACGACACCCGCAAGCUCUACCUGGAUGCCAACCGGCUGGCAUCGGUGCCGGCUGGUGCCUUCCAGCACCUGCCUGUCCUGGAGGAGCUGGACCUGUCCCAUAAUGUUCUUGCCCACCUCUCUGGUGCCGCUUUCCAGGGCCUGGCGGGCACACUGCGCCACCUCGACCUCUCUGCCAACCAGCUGGCCUCGGUGCCCCUGGAGGCCUUCGUGGGGCUGCAGAUCCAAGUGAACCUGUCCGCCAACCCGUGGCGCUGCGACUGUGCCCUCCAGGAGCUGCUCAGGCGGGUGAGGCUGGCACCAGGCACUGGGACGGGCAUUGUGUGUGGCCCCGGAGCCCGACCAGACCUCGUGGGGCAGGAGUUCCUGGCACUAGCAGGGGAGGAAGAGCUGUGUGGGACGGGGCGGGGCGGGGCCCGGCGGAGCACUGAUGUGGCCCUGCUGGUCACCAUGGGGGGCUGGCUGGUGCUCGUGGUGGCUUAUCUGGCCCACUACGUGUGGCAGAACCGGGAGGAGACCCGACGUCCCCUCAAGCGAGCACCCGUGCUGCCUGUGCGCUCUGAGGACUCCUCUACCCUCAGCACAGUGGUCUGAUGACCAGGACCACUCCUCCGGCCCACGCCCCACACUCCUGCUUCUACACCCUCCCGUCUCCUCCGAACCCCUCUGUCUCCUCUGCAGCCCUUUCCCAUCCCCCAAUUCCACCCCCUUCCUCCUCUGUCUCCCCUAAACACCUGAUCUCUCUCUCAACCAACACCAUCUUUGGUGCCUGAGGUUUUCAGUGCCUACUGUGGGACUGGAUUGUGCUAGACACAGAGCUUCUAAGUCUAGGUAGCGGGGGGAGGGGGACAACAGAACAGAGAAUGACAGUAGGUGGUAUGUGUGCCAACUCAGAGGUAGGAGCAGGCAGCUCAAGAGGCUGGCAGAAGUGAUCUCAAAGGCUUCACCCACCAGAUGGAUGCUUGAACUGACUCUUCAAGAAUGAGGAGGAGGGCUUUGGGCAGAAGAGGGACACCCUCAGCUGAAAGUCGGUGGACAAAGGCAAAGAAGAUGUAAGGACUCUGAAUGUCUAAGCAGUGGCAAGACCUACUUGGGGGCUAGAAGGUGCAUAGAGGGGCGAGGGGCUGCUGGGACCAAGCUGGCAGUGAGGCCAGAAAGGACCCGGCCGGAUCCUCCUCUCUUCUCCCUCUGCCUCUACUGAAAAGUUCCUGCAUCCUCAGCGCUUCUCACCUCUCUCAGGGCCCUAGACUCCUCUUCCUGUACCUUCUAUUGGGGUCCACCUGGCUUAGCUUCCCUGCUUCCUUUUCCAGAGGUUCCCUAUCUCUCUGUCCUUUAUACACAGAAGGGCUUCCUGAACCCUUCCCCUUGGGAGAAAAGCAGUCUCUGCUCGGCCUGAGCUGGGGAUGGGUCACUAGAGAGACGGAGGUGGGGGGCGGGAGGGAGCCAGGAGGUUUCCCAUCCCCAGAACAUCACUGGACAAUUGAAUAAAGUCCUUUCAUUAAUGCCCCGA